CCGCGCACAGGAGAGGGAGCGCACGCAGUACGACCGCUCCGCCGUAUCUUUUUAUACGGGGCCGAACAGCCACGAAGCUCCUCAGGUGUCCGCUGCUCGUCGUCGCGCCGAUUACUAUCAUUCAGAAUGGAGGAAGACGAGCAGAAGAUGGCGGUGAUGCGCAAGGCAUUCCAAAUGUUUGACACGACCAAGUCGGGCUUCAUUGACACCCUCAAGAUCUCCACAAUCUUGAAUACGAUGGGUCAAUUGUUCGACGAUGCCGAGCUCAACAGCAUAAUCGAGGAAAAUGACCCGGAAGGCACUGGCAAGGUGAAUUUCGACGGUUUCUGCCGAAUCGCCGGCAGAUUCCUCGAGGAAGAAGACUCCGAAGCCAUGCAGGAGGAGCUGAAGGAAGCUUUCAGAUUGUACGAUCGCGAGGGCAACGGCUACAUCACCACUGCCACCCUCAAGGAAAUUCUCGCUGCCCUCGAUGACAAAUUGACCAAUACCGACCUCGACGGCAUCAUUGCUGAGAUUGAUACAGACGGUUCUGGCACCGUGGAUUUUGACGAGUUCAUGGAGAUGAUGACUGGUGAAUAGAAGAUCUUGAGAACAUCAAUGAAAAAAUGUAUGUUCGUCAACUGAAAAUCGAAGCGAAUAUCUGCGAUACUUCUUUUGUGACUCAAAAAUAAGUAUCUAAAUGUUACCACGCAAGGAACAAAAUUAUUUUUCUAUCGUCAAUCGUAUAGACAGUUUUAAAAAAUCUGUUUUUUUUUUAACAUCUCUAUAAAAAAUAACCGUAUUACCUUAGUAAUAAAGAAAAGAAAAGCAAUUUUUUCAAUAAAAAUAAGUAUUAUAAUGAUAUAUAAAUAAAA